AUGAAUUCUUCGAAGCCCAGCUUAUCUUCAUUUCUAGCGGAUAUCGUUUGGCUGAUUGAGAUUCUGUCCAGGCCGAGUAUCUCUUUUCACUUCUCCACGGUUGUAACGGAUAUAGUUUCAUCCGGUGCCCACUCGAGGAGGGAGGCCAGGCGAGAAGCGUACUUUCCCACCUUUCGGCCGCGUAGUCGGCCUAAGCCGACGCUGUCGGAAGUCUGCCGACCGCGACAGAACAUGUUGCCGUCUGGUCGACACCCGUGCUCGGAUCGAUCUGUGCCACAGUGUACCCCUUGGCCGAGAGCAGACCCGAGGGGUUACACACAGUGCUCAGUCCAUCCUGAGGGCGUAACCGCCACAGAUUACCACAUAAGCCCUUCCCUUUAG